AUGUCAAUUAAUUUAGUACAUCAAUCAUCAAGAGGUUAUCAUGAUGUUAAAACUACAAAUUCAUAUGUUAGUGGUAGACCACAAGUACCAAUUGAAUGUAUUAAAUUUGUAAAAGAUAAAGCAGAAUUCAAAUUGAAUGAUAAUUCCAAAGUGUUAGAUUUAGCAGCAGGUACAGGUAAAUUUACCGAACUGUUAGCCAAAUCAAAGUUUUUAGAUAUCACAGCAGUUGAACCAUCUGCAGAAUUCAGAGAAGCAUGUACCAAAGUGUUGGAGAAAGUAAAGAAUGAAGAAUCUCCAUCACUCAAUUACCAUGUACUAGACGGCAUCUCUACCUCAAUACCAUUGCCAGACGAGUCCGUUGACGUUUUAUUCAUCAGUCAGUCCUAUCACUGGUUUGACAAUGUCCAAUCGUUGACUGAAUUUUCAAGGGUGUUGAAAGUCGGUGGUGUGCUCGUGAUGAUUUGGUACGACAUGGAUUUGACAUCCGAUAUCGUCAAUAAGUACGCCGAUAUCGUCCAUGAGAAGUACUACGAUGGCGUCGCACCGCAAUUCAGAUCUUACAAAUGGAAGAAUUCAAUCGAGCAAUUAAAACAACAAUUCCAGUCCUCGCCACCCACAACCCCAUCCAUCGAUCCAAAUUUCAAUCUAGAGAAAUUCCACUUUAUUCAAAAAGCAAAUAAACAAAUUUGCAUUGAACGUUUAUUAAGCAUCUCUUACAUUUCCACCAUGUCAACCGAAAAGAAAGAUCAAAUCGUUAAAGAAGUAUCAGACCUUUUAGAUUCCCUACCUGAAUCCUCUGAUAAUAAAACCUUUGACUUCCCAUACCGUGUUGAACUUUAUUACACAAUUAAAAAAGAUUUAAAUAAUAAAUAA